CAAGUCUUUUCAAUUUCUCAUUAAUUCCGUGCGGCCUUUUCUUUCACUUUUUUUUUUAAAGCCCGCCCACUGACCAUUAUCAGUCCUCGGGCCUUUAAAUACGACGUUGGUUGUUUUCGUUGGUGAGUGCGCACACUCUUCCAGCGCAGUGCCUUUCUCCCCCCCCGUCCCCAUCUCGCACCCGCAGCCGCCAUGAGGGAGUUCAAGAGCAAAGAGUUCUGGAGGGCCGUUCUGGCCGAGCUGGUGGGCAUGACCCUGUUCAUUUUCCUCAGCAUCGCGGCGGCCAUCGGCAAACCGGGCGACCCGGGCCAGGAGGUCAAGGUGUCGCUGGCCUUCGGGCUGGCCAUCGCCACGCUGGCGCAGAGUCUGGGCCACAUCAGCGGCGCCCACCUGAACCCCGCCAUCACGUUGGGGAUGCUGGCCAGCUGCCAGAUCAGCCUGUUCCGGGCCGUCAUGUACGUGGUGGCGCAGCUGCUGGGCUCGGCCCUGGCCAGCGGGAUCUUGUACGGAGCGCGGCCCGGCGCCACCACCGCACUGGGACUCAACUCUCUCAGCGGCGUCACCCCCAGCCAGGGCGUGGGCAUCGAGCUGCUGGCGACGUUUCAGCUCGUGCUGUGUGUCAUCGCCGUCACUGAUAAAAGGCGGCGUGACGUCACCGGCUCAGCGCCCUUAGCCAUCGGGCUCUCCGUGUCCCUGGGACACCUGGCGGCGAUCAGCUACACGGGCUGUGGCAUCAAUCCCGCACGCACUUUCGGACCAGCUCUGAUCAUGAAUGACUUCAAAGACCACUGGGUCUAUUGGGUGGGGCCUAUGUGUGGCGGCGUGGCGGCAGCCCUGAUCUACGACUUCCUCCUCUCGCCCAAAUUCGCCGACUUCCCCGAGCGCAUGAAAGUGCUCAUUAGCGGCCCCGUGGGCGAUUACGACGUCACCGGCGAUGCAGCCAAUGUGGAGAUGAAGUAGUUUUUGAUUGGCACACAGUCGUCCCUUCAAAUAUUGCGGCUUCACCACAUUGCAAAUGUUUUUGUGUUUGUGAUUUUGUCUUUUUGUGAUUCCUACUUUGCGGAAAGUCACGUCCAGAGCUAAUUAACAGCAAUAAACAAGGGACGACUGUAUUCUAAAAGUAAAUAUUCACUAUUAGUACCUACAACACAAACAAGACCAUGUGUUUUGUUCAGGUAGCUUAGCAUGAGACCUGUGUCCUCUACAGUGGACAUAUGUGUUUUGCACAUAAACCUUCCUGAACCAAUCAAUCCCGGGUUUUGAACUCAGGACCUCUGCCUUACAAAGCAACUCCAUGGGAGUCAGUGUAACUGUAUGGGGAUAUUUUCCUGCCAGUGACGGAGCAAGAAGCAGCAAGGAAUACGUUUGCUGUCAACAUUUUAUAUGAAAUCCCCUGAUCCCUAUUAAAUCAAUUAUCGAUUAUUGAUCCGAUUUUAAAUUUUUAAACACCACUCCUACGGACAGCGUGUGUUCUGCCUGUGUGGUGAGGUAGUCCUGGUUUUAGCAUAUUUUAACUACACGAUGUAUCAAAAUAGCCUCUCAGUGGAUACCCCUAAUCUAUAUUAUACACUUGUAAAAAAAAGAAGAAAGAUACACUUUAUAUAGAGAAAUAUUUGUUUUAGUAUAGUCACUGUUUUUAUGCCGUCUUUGUGUAAGUGUGCAGCACAUGUCUUGACCCACUGAAGUUGCAGCAAGCGUGUGUUGAUAUGAUCUCCUGUUAUCAGUAUUCUGUUUUAUUUUGUACCCUGUAUUGUUUGUGACUUUAUCACCUUUAUAAACCCAGUGUGUUGCAAUGUCUUUAAAGAAUAAAGAACAUGUUCUUGCACUUAUAACAA